UAAAAGAUAAACAGAAAGUUAUGUGGAUUAUUUUGCUCCUCCCAAUAUUAUACCUGUUUAUCGCAAAUAACGUUAUUUAACAUUAAUUUAUUGUUUGCAAUCAUCCAGAUUGUAUUCCGAGCUAUCCAACAAACUCAGAAAAAGAGUGAAAUUCGACACUACCCGUCAGUAAACGUCGCGCAAUGGAUACGCUGCAGCUGCCAGCAGCCGAAGACCCGUGCCGUUUGUGUUUGAGAAAGUGCGAACAGGCGUACGGGUUGUACGUGAACUCUCCGGACGGCCUUCUCCGGGAGCUGCCGAAAAAGAUUCUCGAAUGCAUUGCGCUUGAAAUUUCCGACAGCGAACCGCCACUCUUCUCCAAGAUAGUGUGCAGCGAGUGCAUCUGCAAGCUGGAUUACUUUCACGAGUUCCGGGAAAAUUGCCGCAAAUGUCAGACCUUCUUCAACGAAAUGAUGAUGUUCUGCCAGGCGGAAACUGUUGCGGAUAACGGACAAAAUAUUCACCAACACCACCCGGAUGUUCAUCAGCAAAUUUUGCCGGAGAUCAAUUUCACCGGGCACGAUUUUAUGCUUGAUGGAACUACCAACAAGGAUUAUGAAUACAUUAUUCAGAGUUUGGAAAAAGAAGAUAUUUCGUUCACUUCUAAUGCUGAAGCUCUGAAAUUGAAAAAAGAAUUGGAAAUUUCUAUUCAGCAAAAUCAGCACGAUAAAUUCAUUCCAAUGGUAGUACCGUCAACCAGUGAAUCUGUGAUACCCAGCGAAGAAACUUGUUUCAACAAUUUGGAAGCAAUCGUUGAAUCGAUCGCCCAAGUUAAUGAUGCGUCCAAUUAUAUUAUAGAGCAGGGCACAGGUCCGGAGGACGAUCUGGAUUAUGAUGCCUUUGUUGGAAUUGAGACUGUCGACGAUAAUCGUGACGCCUCUAUUUCAGAAAUUCAUGUGCAGGAGAUAAUUGAGGAACAUAAGCUUCAAUCUCCUCCCGAGGAAAAUGUUCCGCUUAUGGGUGAAUCGAAUGUUGACAAUAGUAAGGAAGAGGAACCAGCGCCCAUCGAACCAGAACCACCUGCUGAAACGGAAGAACUCCCAGUUACCCCAACGCUCAACGAUCGCACAUGCGACUUAUGUGGAAAGGUUUGUUCUACGCGUACAAAGCUGAAAAUCCAUCGAAACACCCACUUGAACGUUACUCCGUUUGCCUGUCCUAUUGAAAACUGUUCUAAAGCGUUCAAAUCUAAAUCCGGCCUCGACGAGCACGUGGCCAAACAUACAGGAAAUUACCAGCUGUCUUGUGGAGUUUGCGGAAAAGGAUUUGCGAAACAGAGCUAUUUGACCACACAUCAGCGGACCCACUCGAACGAACGCACAUUCCGGUGCAACAUAUGCAAGCAGGCGACUUUCAAAACGAAAAAAUCGCUGAUAGAUCACAAAAAUCGCCACUUAGGCUUGAAACCGUUCGAAUGCAACCAGUGUGAGAAGCAAUUCACAAACCGUUAUCUGCUACAACAACACGAACAGUCUGCCCACAGUGGCGUACGGUUCCAGUGUCCCCAGUGUGAAAAGAGCUUCACGUGUAAAAGUUAUCUGAAGGUUCAUUUACGUAUUCACAACAACGACAGGCCGUUCGUUUGUGAGGUCUGUCAGUGGGCCUUCGUUACACGACGUGAUCUGGAGGUGCACAGGACUGUCCAUACUGGUAAGAAGGAAUUUGUCUGUGACGUUUGCGGAAAGGGUUUCUCUCGUUUGAGUGCGCUAACGUUUCAUCGCCGGACGCACGAGAAACGGCCGAAAGCAAUUGGCCUGGAAGAGGGAGGUGUUAGUGGUGUUCAUCCGAGUAAUUUUUGAAUAAAAAAAUCUGGUGCUUUGUA